CUUUCCACGCAUACCGAUGCACCCACCCCCACACUAUCAUACACACAAACACACUCAUGCAGCAAUGUGCAUUCGCGCUUUCUAAAACAAAUUUGGGUUAAACUGGCGGCUACGUUGACAAAGUUCGGGUCGCAUGUGGGCAGUAUUACUUGCCCAGUAAAAUAUACCGUUGACUUUCAAGUGGCCGUUUGCCAUAAUUGGCAGCAGCGCCAAUGUUAUUGUUACGGUAAUUAAUCAAGCCUUAAAGGCACACACACGCACACACUCACGCUCUCGUUUCAAACAGCUGUGCGUGGUAUGAAAAAAACAGGCUAUGCUAAUAUGGCAAGAAUCUCGCAUAAUAUGCCGACAUUAUAUAAAUUCAGUUUACUUCCUGCCCAGCCAGCGAAAGUCAAUCAAGCGAUACGCAAAACACUUUAAAUACAACAAUUAUCGAAUCGCCGACGAGGAUCAAAAAUCAAUUCCGUGAUUCAAUGCGUGCGAAAUGCUGUCAUGCUGAGCUCUUUUUAAUGAUUUUUCGAAAAGGAAUUGUUGUUACAACAGUAACCGAAAUAAAUACAAAUCAAUUGAUGAUGAAUUUAUAUAUCACCAUGUUCAUUUUAUAAAAGUUGUCGUUUUUGUGUUUUUGAAAGGGAAAACAAACUCAGUUGUAUCUAAAAGUUUAAAGCCAGCAAAAUCUGGCACUUUUUGUGUUUUUAAAAGGGAAGACAAACUGAUCGAUAAAACUUAAAUGCCCGCUUAAUAUUUUUGUUAUUGCUAAAUAGCUAAUAGGUUAGUGCAACAAUAAAUGGCCAAUAAAUAAAUUACCGUUGUCUAUGAAAUAUCAGUAUUUGAAAUAAUAACUUAUGACUAUAACUGGAAAAUCACCGAUGCUAAACGCACCCAGAGCUUUUAAUUUAGCGGUGUCAGUGCUGAAAAACUCCACCUGCCAAAGCAUCCUGCUGCCGCUUACCAACACCGGAAAAACGGUAAAUUCCUUGACAAUUCGUUGCAAUUUUUCUACUGCGAAGUUUAUUUUUGCAAAAUAAUUUCUGUUUCUGAUAAUUGAGUGAAUCCACCGCUAUGCGUAUCCUGGGCAGCUCCAAAUCCUGUGCAACGGGCAACCGACUAAGCGUGACCUUCAAGGCGCACCCCAAUUCCCAACCGCAACUGAACGAUCUGCGAAAGAACCUUAAUGACAAAAUCCGAUUUCGCGAGUAUGUGAAAAAUAUUAUCGGAAACGAGGAACAAAUGGGCUCCGUGCUGGACACGAUCUCGUCCACACAAGAGGAGGAACGCCUGGCCACCGUCACCGGCUGGUCCACGGUGAACAUCGCCAACUGCGCAGGCGUGUCCAACUCUUCAAUUUAUCUGGCGCUCAAGUGGGUGCUGAUGCCCAUAAAGGUGGAGAUAUUCAAUUUCAAGCGCAGCGGACCGGAGGAUAAGAUGGCACGUGGUCAGUUCCUGGUGGACAACCUGUUGUGCGCCAAUCGCCUAAAACGCCUGCAACAGGAAGUGGCCAUUCUCUACACUUGCCAAAAGAUCGAGGUGUCUGUCACACCUGGUCUGCCCAAAUCCGUCAUGAACGCGCAGAUACUCGAGGGAUUUUCGACUGCCGUGAAGACGGCUAUCAAAGUGCGCUAUGAUCUGGCCACCCGUACUCUAGAUCUCUCUCGAUUCCACGCCUGUCCGGAACUGGGCAAGCUCUUCUGCCCACUGCAUGUGGUCAAUCUGUUGCAGAGCGUGCUUGCUCUUUCGAGCCAGUUAUUUCCCCAAAUGGCAGGGAUCGUGCUGAGCAACAACUAUUUGUGCUCGCUGAAGGCCUUUGCCGGAGUUUCGAAUAGUCUUGCCAGCCUGGAGCGCUUGGAUAUAAGCGCGAAUCGAAUCAAGGAUUUGGGCGAACUGAACUACCUGGGAAAUUUGAAAUUGAAGACCCUGUUCGUGGCUGGAAACGGUCUGGCCAAGCUAAAGCUGGGAGACAUUCAAGAAGUGCUGCCACAGCUGCAGAAUGUCCAUGGCUGUGUGUACUCCGAGGAGAAGGAAGAGGUUAUUGCUAAUCUUCCUGUGUACCAACGACUUCAGGACAGUGGAACUAAGGGCAUGCAGCUCUGCAUUAACUUUAUUAGUUCCUUCUACAAUAGCUUUGACGAACCUGAAAAGCGCUCGCAACUUAAGGAUUACUAUCAUGAACAGGCCAUGUUUUCACUUAGCCUUCCCGUACAAUUGGAUCAUGUAUACGCCUACAAACUGUACAAUAGAAACCAAAGGCGCCAGCAAUCCUCCUUUGCGCACAAUGCCAAACUACAGGUUGGCAGCGCUUCACUGCUCCUUGCCCUGAGUCGCUUGCCCCUGAUGCAAACAGACCACCAGAACGCCGGUCUGGACAUACACGUGUUCAACGCGAAUUUGCGCAUCUUCACCUUGUCUGGAUACUUUAAGGAGAUCACCUCCGACGGCUGGGAACGCAGACACUUUCAGCGCACCUUUGUCCUACGUCUGAUUAAUAGUCCAGGCUGGCUGAUAACCAACGACAUGCUGUGCAUAACUUCUAUUAAGUCCGAGCAAAGAGAACCCGUCAAAUUUCAACCGAAUACUGAUACGUCGGUAAAGAAACCCGUAUGCCGUCAACUAAUUACCGAUGCGUCGGUAACAAAAACCGUAAACCCAGUUAAGGGAUUGGUCAUCAAAACAAAGCCUCAAAAAAAAGACCCACCAGUUUUGCGCCAUUCAGUAGAGGUGGAUCCUCUAAACCAGGCUAUUCAGAAUAUUAGCUUGAUGGACGCCAAGAUGGACCUUCUUCCCGAUGAAAGUUUGGAUGAAAUGCCACCCCUAGUUGCCAUCGGUCCAUUAAAUACCAAUCAAGCCGAUUUAUUGGACCAGGUGAUCGAGGAUACUCUGAUGUCUGAUGAGGAUGCCUUUGAUCUGGUCAUUGAUGAGGAUGUCCUUAUCGGAGACGAUGAUCUAUAAAUAAUUAAACCCAAUAACCAAAUAGCACUAAGAAAUGAUGCACAAAUAGGUUAAGACAUUAUAAAUUAAUAAGUUGCUUGAGUACGAAACUCCAAAUUCUAAUUUCCAUUCAACUUUUUCUUUA